CAAGAUGGCUGCGCCCAUGCAGCAUGAAUUUGGAAGUUUUUAAUCCAGGACUACACUCUUCUGAAAGAAGCCUAUAUUUUUCAUGUAACAAGCAGUUUACACAAUAUUCAGAUGUAUGUACAAGAAUUUCAGUACAAGACCCAGAAGAAGAAAUGGAGACGGACAGCAGCCAACCUUCAUUCAAUUUCCCAUAUCAGUAUGGUAAAUCUGGAAAGAAAAGGGAGCUGUUCACUGACUAUGGAACAACCAGUUUUACAGAUGUUGAUAAAGAUGGUGAAAUCUUGAGUCAAAGGUCCAAGGGAGAUAACCAUGAUAGAUACUCGGCAGUUCAUCCAGUUCUGCCCCUUUCUUCUACAGCGGAGGAAGUGAAAAUACCAGUAAAGGACAGAAUUAUGGGACCUACCAUAGAAAGGAACAAGAAGUUGAAGAAUUUUAUUGUAAGACUUCAAAAGUUUAAAAGUCUUGGAAAAAGAUGGGGUAAAACAGAUCAGGUAGAGAAGAUUUUUUCUGCAAUGCAGCGUUAUAAAGCUAAAUUUGGAGACAAGAGUCUGUCAGACUGUGAUGUGGAAACGUUUGAACGGAUUACCGGAGUACAGAUACAGCCCUGGUUCCUUGAUAUGCUCAACGAAUAUACAGAGUUACAAGAAUCUGCUGUACCUCAGUUUAACAACUACAUGUAUACAGGAGGAUGUAUAGACACUGUUCCUGUCAGUGACACUCAUUGUUACAUUACGUCUGCUGUGGGCGAGAAUUUUAACAAAUUACGGUUAACUUUUGUGUCAAAGAAGGCCGAUGGUCUAUUGCAGUCGUUCAGUGCAGAGGAAAUAGAUCUACCAAAUACCAUAUACGGAGUCAGACACCGGCAGGUUCAAGGUCAAGAUUUUAUCACAGCAAGGACAGAUGAACAGUGUUACUUGUAUAAAUUUACACCAGACUCGCAGGACGGGAAACUGUGUAUGUUGCAAGGUCCAGUGAAUCAAUGUUUCCAGUCUGUGGAUAUAAGUCCAUAUAUUCCUGGUGAAUGUGUAUUGGUAGAUGAGAAUGGUCAGUGCUGUCUAUGGUUUGGAAAUAGUUUUGACACCAUUAGUGCAUGCGGAGUGCCACGAUUCCAGGUGUUGGAUAAUUGGCGUCACAUUCAGUAUGGCAGCCAUCCAAGACAGGUGAUAUAUGCUGACCAAACUGCAGUCCAGAUGUUUGAUCUUAGGACACCUGAAACUGAAGGCCAGGAUCUUUUCUCAUUGCCCAGUAAGUUGCUGCACAAUCGAGAACGUAUCCGAGUUUGUGAUCGACAUCCAGCGUCAACAUUCUAUCAUCUGGUAGCCACCGAUUACAACCUCAUGAUAAUGGAUGAGAGAUAUCUCAAAUAUCCAGUAUUGAGAUGGGAACAUAUGCUAUCCACACCUCCUCAGUACAUUACCAGUGUCUGUGGAUCUGGCAUCAACUCAGAUGAUAACUUUAUCUACCUUGCGAGUCAGUAUCCAGCAGAUGUUCAUGCAUUCAGGUUUUCUGCUAGAAAUGGUCUACCACCCCUUGGAGUGUCACAGCCUCAUAGAGCAGCAAAAAUAACGGAUAUUUCUAAAUGGCCAGUGUUUGUUGACAGAUGUCCAAAUACAGAUCUGUUGUAUAAAAGACUGAAUACAUCUUUAGCUGGAAUAUCUACAUCACCAUGGCAACAAGGACAUGUUGUGUUCCAGCUGGACAGUCAUGGAGAGAUCUUUCACCAAGUAUUUUCUUCCUCUCAGUCAGCAGAAGAUAUCACAUUUUCUGCGGGACAGGGGUCACAUGACAUGAAACCACUUCCUGUAGCAGCAGAAAGGGCACGCUCCUGGGUUAAAUCGUGGGGAGAAAUGAUGAAACAACAGCUGUCUGGCAAGAUGAAGACAAGGGAGGUACAGCCAGCCUUACUAGGCAUAUAUUUCUACAGAAACCCCCAUCCAGCAUGCUGUGUCUGUCGUCCAGACCUCAGUAACAUCCCGGGAGGUAUAGAGAUAUCCAGGGAAACAGAAUAUUGUGAAACUUGUCUAAUGCAGCUGCAGGAAGGACAGAAUCUUGUAAACUCUGUUCAAAAGGAUGGAGUUACGGCUUCUACUUCAGGGAUAAGACCAGCAAAGUUGAAGGAUGUGGAAGAUGUUCCGAGGGAUAAUGCUUUAAGUCUGUUACUGAUGAAACAUUGGUUUGGAGAUGAAGAAAGUAGUACUGUAGAAGAUAUAAUGAAAAUCUGGGAUAAUGAGGUGAUUGAGAAAAGAAGUGCAAAGAAGCGAGGCAAAGGUAGAGAUUUACCAGGCACGUCAGAGUCGAGUUUAAUGAACAGACUUCUGAAUAAAGUUUCUACACCUGCUGCUUCUAGUCCUGUGCAUUCGAACACUUCAGCUAGGAGUGAAAACUGGGAACCAAGCACAGCAUCUAGUACAGAUGACCUUGAUGAAGGUCAAAGGUCAAGGAAACAGAAACAGACAUCUGAAAAUUUACAAAAUGAUGAGAAAUUUAGUCAAAAAUCUUCUGAAAAAUCACAAACUUAUACAAAACAACGUUCAAAAGAUACUCAAAGAGAGAAAAAAAGGAGAAGAAAGGAAAGUAGUGUGAAUUCAGAAGGAAUCUCUACAUGUAGCGAACAUGUGGAAUCUAUAGUCUUAGGAUCAAGUGAUUCAGCUAUGUCUGAAACUUUCAGAGAGAGAAGCAAUACAGGUCUACCUAUGUUCACUUCAGUAUUAGCAAGUCUUUCUAAAUCAAGACAGCAGACAACACCUAUUCCCACUCAGUCACAGAAGCAGACGACACCAUCUCAGUCUAAGAAACUUCCUAAAACCUCUGAACGAACUGGAUCAUUGACCUUAUUCUCAAGUCCAGAGUCAGAAACUAGUGAAAGUACAGUUUUUAAGAUACCUACCUCGUCUAGUAAAAAGAAAUCAAGCAAAAGACAUAAAAAACAAAGUCCAUCUGAAUCAAGUCUUUCAAUUAAAACAGUAAGUGAAAUAUCAGCAAAUGCUGGUUCAGAAGAUCUCUUUGAUGAUUCAUCAGAAGGUGUACUUGAAAGUGACGCUGAUAGAAUAAGUCCAGUGUUGUCUGUAGCAAGCUGUAAGGGUUUAUUAGAAAGUCAGGUGUCAAAAAAUAUAUCUAGACAAUUAUUUUCAAGUCAAAAAUCAGACGGAAUGGCGAUAAAUGGGACAGCAAGUUCAUCAAGGAAAGAUAUUGCUGGUAUUUCACCAAGAAAACCAUCACAUAGAAAACAUUUAGCAGGAUUUUAAA